CAACCAAACCCCUCUUUUCCGAUCAUCUCCUCUCUCUCUCUCUCUCUCUCUCUCUCUCUCUCCUGUUUUCUCUCUCUACACAACUCACGCUCCCCCACACUCCCCCCCAGCAACUAGGGUUUUUGCACCUCUGCUCUCCCAACCUCCAUUUCUCUCUACUCUGAAAACCCUUCAAUUAGCUCAAUCCUCACUCUCCAAUCCAACCCCUUGCUCUCAUUUUCCCAAUCCUUCACCCCAAUCUAAGCUCAGAUUCUCUAAAUUCCAACUUUUCUCUCUCUAUUUAUAUAACUCACAUACGUAUCUGCAACCACAGUAUCCAAGUUCGAUCGUCCAUGGCGAAGACCAAACCUGGCAAGAAAGACGUGGACUCUUACACCAUCAAAGGCACCAACAAAAUCGUCAGACCCGGGGAUUGUGUGUUGAUGCGACCAUCGGACACCGAUAAGCCGCCUUACGUGGCACGAGUGGAGAAGAUUGAGGCCGAUCACCGGAACAACAUGAAGGUUCACGUCCGGUGGUACUACCGUCCGGAGGAAUCGAUUGGAGGGCGGAGGCAGUUUCACGGUGCCAAGGAGUUGUUCUUGUCGGACCAUUUUGAUGUGCAGAGUGCUCACACCAUAGAAGGGAAGUGCAUUGUCCACUCCUUCAAGAACUACACAAAGCUUGAGAAUGUUGGGGCUGAGGAUUACUUUUGUCGGUUCGAGUACAAGGCUGCCACUGGAGGGUUUACUCCGGACCGCGUGGCUGUUUACUGCAAGUGCGAGAUGCCUUAUAACCCAGAUGACCUCAUGGUGCAAUGUGAGGGGUGCAAGGACUGGUUUCAUCCUUCUUGUAUGGGUAUGACUAUUGAAGAAGCAAAGAAAUUGGAACAGUUUAUGUGUUCUGACUGUAAUUCUGAUGAUGAUGCAAAAAGAUCCUUAAACUCAUUCCCUGUAUCACCACCUGCUGAGGCUAAGGUCGAGCCAAAGCGGAGGAAGAGAUGACUCAUCAUGUUUCAUGAUGUGGAGGCACCCAUUUUCUUUGUGUAUUAGCUGGCAGUAUUGUUGUUGUGACAUGGAAUUGUAUGUACAGUGCAGAGAAGAUCCUGUGCUUGCGGGAACCAGAGGCUUCUUUAUUUACUGGGUUGAGGCUUCUUAAUUUACCCUGUUGAACCUCCUCAUUUGUCUAUAAAUGUUUGUUAUGUGUAGUAGGAUUACGAGAAGACUUCAUGACCUUUCUCGCGUCUUCAUGUGACUACAGUUUGUGCAUUUAAAAGGCAAAAAAAGAGAGAAACUUGGGCAUAUCUCAGUGAAUGUGAAGUCCUGAAACUAAAUUAUUAAGAAUCAAACUUGAAUCUACUAUGAUGAGCUUAUUGCGGGUUUUAUUUGUA